AUGGCGGACGCUGACGCCGCGCUGCCAACGCCGCCUCCGGAGGUAGUAGCCCCCGAGGAGCAUCCCGCGGCCGCCGAUUCCGCCGUCGCCGCGCUGCAGGAGGAGGCCGCGACGGCCGAAGUCGAUAACAAGCGGAAGCUGGAGGAGGUCAGCACCGACGCGGAGGCGAACGGCACCGGCGAGGAUGCCAAGCGCCCGCGCAUGGACGGCGAGCCCGACGCCGCCACAGGGGUUGAGCAACAGAACGAUGGGUCCUCCGUGAAUGUGGAGGAGCCCGCAGCUGCGGUGGAGGAUAAGGUUGCUCCGACCGAUGGGUCAGCGAUGGAUGGUGAUAAUGGCACGGCCGCUCCUGCUCCGGAUUCGCAGGUGGGUUCUGAUGAGAAGCCGCUUGAAGCAGCAUCUGAAGCUCCACAGCAGGAAGGUGAUGCAGAAGCUGCUGCACAGGAGAUUUCUCGUAAGAUCGAAGUGCCCAACAGCAAGGUUGGUGUCCUUAUUGGAAAAGCUGGCGAGACAAUCAGGAACUUGCAAACGAGCUCGGGUGCACAGAUCCAAAUCACUAAGGACGCCGAUGUGGACUCAAAUGCCCUGACUCGGUCGGUUGAACUAGUUGGAAAACUUGGAAGCGUUGAUACAGCUGAGCAGCUUAUUAAGAGCCUCAUAGCUGAGGCUGAGGCUGAGGCUGGUGGUUCCCCGGCCUUAGCUAGAGGAUUUGGAAGUGGACAGCCUGGUUCAGAGCAAUUUGAGAUGACAGUUCCUGAUAACAAGGUCGGUCUCGUUAUCGGAAAAGGGGGUGAGAUAAUUAAAGGCAUGCAGACCAAAUCUGGUGCUCGUAUUCAGUUAAUACCCCAACAUCCUCCAGAAGGUGUUACAUUGACUGAAAGAAUUGUACGUGUUACUAGGAAUAAGAAGCUGAUUGAAGUUGCAAAGGAUUUGAUCAAGCAAGCUAUGAAUCAGACAUUUUCAAAGCAUACAAACCAGUCUGGCGGAUAUGGUCCACAAGGUUACCGCCCUCAGGGUCAUGGUGCAGGUUCUCAGUGGUGA